AUGGACAAGCAGGAAAUGUUGAUUCUGUUAUUUUCUUUACUGUUUCUUCGCAACCCAGCGGAAGCUUACAUUUCGCGCUGGUAUCUACGCCCGGAUCGCGACCCGGAUUGCACAGAUUUGAAAGGCGUAUCUGACGUUCUGACCAUGAUGCGUGAUGCUGAAGUUGCCAAAUACGCGACCAAAAAUUGCACACAACUAAAGGGGGAGGACUCGCGUACAGGGAAGCAGACGGGCAACUGCACUAUUUGCGUUGGUCAUUACAUCUGCCAUUCUCUGUAUAAAUGUGUGAGUAAAGACUUUGUCAGGUUUUUUGGAAAUGGUAGCCAGGAAGAACCCGCAAGCGAAGAAAAAAAGGACAACGAGUCGGCUCUAGAUGCUGCAGACACUUCCUCCUCAGGAACUGGAACUGAGUCUCCUGAAGAAACUACUGGCGGUAGAACCAAUGUUAGAUCUAAUGUGGAAGAUGUGAAUGACGGUAAGGAGAAUGUGACCUCUCCUGAAGAAGAAAGCAGGGGCGCUCCACACGGUACCGCGGUUCCCCCUCUCGAGGAAAGAAGCCCGAACCCUACUGACAGAAACAACCUAACACGUAAUCACGUCUUAACUCUAUUUGCUGGAAAAUUUUCAAGCAAUUCUCAACUUGUGUUGAAUUUAAACAAUAAGAUUAUGCUUUCAACGUUAUUUUUCUUGCUAUAA